UUUUGAAUAUUUAUCCCUGAAAAAGACACCCAUUCGUUUCACAUCAGUUCGUUUCGCACAGCCACCAUAUGAAGUAAGUCCUAGCUACUCUAAUACCGUUACAUUAUGAGCAAGAAUGUGCCAUAACAAAUGCAGCAUUGCCAGUCGCAUUUGUUAAGUGCGUCAAAAACGGCCGGCCAAAGCACAGAACGCCUGAUGACAAAUCACAUAACUCAAUUUGGAGCGAAGGCAGUCGCACUCUCUUUUGUAAUAAGGUACUCUCACUGCAAUUUAUUGUGAGCGCGGAAAGGAACACAAGGAAUACGUCCACAGGUCCUUUUUAUUGAUUUUUCUUUGCCGAGUAGAAAAAGCAAACUCGAAGUAUUUGUCAAAUACUCAACUCAAGUGGCUGACAGUGAACGCUUAUCGACGAGUACACACAAAAUUAACAUAUUUGACACGAAUUGGCGAUUUGCGAUUUGCGAAAAUUGUUGGGAUUGCAGUACAUCAUGAAUUACUGCUUAUGAAAAUUACCAAAACAAACUAUACUUCAGUGAGAAGUUAUUGCAAGAAAACUGACAAAAGAAAUAUUUGCAAACGAAAUAAUUGUGUUAAGAAAUUGUGACUUCUCGUUGGAGUUAAGGUAGUGAAAAUAAACCGUUCAGUGUAAAAAAGGAUAAACAUAGAAAAUCGUCCUUCAACAACAUUCCAUCUGGUCUUGAAAUGACUUUUUAACAAAAAGUGUAUGUAAGUUUCAAAAAUCGAGCGCAAAGAAAUAAAAUCCUCCAGAUUGCUUCAAAAACCACUUCAUUUUGCGGAGGACAGCAAAAAGGUGGUAAUAUAAUUGAAUGUCCCAACCUACCCCACACAAGGACUGGCGAAUAACGAUAAAAGUCUGUAAGAGCUCGGAGGAAGCUCUCAAAGCGAAAUUGGCCUCCUUACUAGCAAUUCAUUACAGUUAUCGCACAAAACAGCCGCUCAUUGUGCCCUCUUGUACUUAAUUUCCUGUCGUGCCACAGAAUAUUGUUUAAUCAAUAACGAAUAGAGCGAUUGGUGAACGUAGUGGUUACUACGUUACAACCACCGACACCCCCUCUAUGAGCUGCAUGUGUGUGUAGCAAAUUUAAAGCUAGUAAUCUUUCACCCACCCUCGCAAUGCUAAGGCAUUCUCAAACUACUUAGACCAAACAAGUGUACGUUAGCGAGUCCUUUCACACCAACUCAGCGCCGCAAAUUGCAUUCUAAACAUGUACAAGACGGUGCGGCAUGGCGAGAACAGCCUACAAUAUACAAUACUGCCACAAAAUGAUGAUUUUCGCAUUGAGGGCAAGCUAUCAAGUGCCGGCAGUAACUGCAGUUCCACUACUGGACGCAAAGGAAAGGCGCGUCGACCAAGACGGCGUUCAUUCUUCGCAUACUUGGGAUUGAUUUUCAUUUGUACCGUUAUUGUGGGUGCAGUUUUGAUACCGUUUUUGGUCUCAGCCGAAUGCCUGCCCAACCCUACGGAAUGGUUCUUGAAGACAAAGGCAGCACUAACACACGGAGCCAACAUUAAUGGGCUGCAUAGAAACAGCGGUGGACCAAGGAAAGCCGGUGCAAAUGGCAUUGGCAGCCCACAACACGUGCCGCUACACAACAGCGCCGCUAGCAUUGGCCAAAAAGUGGAAAUUAUCAAUCGCGACGGAGUGGAGAAAAUAAUUUUGCGCGUCAAUAAAACACAGACGCAGUCAAAUACAAAUGUGACUCAAAUAAGACCCAUUGCUUAUGGUUCAAACAAAGAACAGCCUAUUCCACCUAUUGAUGAAAAAACUUCUCCGGGAAACGUUGAAUCACAAACGGCUAUUGAGACUAAGGAUGGGGCACUACUCACAACCACAAUGCCGGGAUUGAGCAACGAUGCACUGCAGGAUGUGCAUGUGUCGGCUACUAAUGCAACUGUCAAGCAGGCGCCGGAUGGAACAGGUAAUUUCGUCACAGAGGUUCGUUUCGAAUCGGACAGUAUUCAGCCCCCCAAGAUCGUUGUAAUCACCACACAACGUACACAGCUCUCGCAGAAUGUAGAUGAAAUCAGUAGCAACAGCAAUACAGAGCUGGACUCCAAUGCAAAUAGCGUUCAAGUGCCCAGUCGGAUAGUUCAAAAUAUUCCAACAGCCGCAAUACGUCCAACAACGUCCUUCUCCACAACAAGCAUAUAUUCCCCACAUGCACCGGCGGCUGCCUCCAUGGCGGUGGCAUCGUCAGCCAAUGCUAAUGCGAUUUCCAAUCAAAGCUCCACCAUACCCACCAUUACCACACGCAUAAUGCGAUUGCCGCUGCUCAAGUCUACAGCAAAGAAACCGAUCAUACCGCCCGUGCUGGUGCGCACGAACUCAGAAAUUGUAUCACAAAACCAAAACAGCAAUAAAGCGCCAACCGAAGACGAUGGCAUUGCCGCUGAUACCAGUGGAACCGAUGUGUUGGAGUCUAUUAAGGUCAACGCGGAAACAAAGAACGCCGCCUGGAUUCAGUCGCAUUGGCCAUACAUUGAUCCGUCGACAUAUUUCCAAUGGACUGGUUACAAGGAGGACAGCGUUCUGCUGCCAGCUUUGCUGGGCUUCGCCUUAAUUGGCAUGAUCCUAAUCAUUGCAAUUUGCUUGAUAGCACGCAACAAGCGCGCCAUCGUUUCAUCGGUGCGCAAGCGAAAGCGCAACGAUGUGGAGGAGGCCGGUGCCGACGAUAACACAACGCUUUUGACUAAUGCAAAUCUCUCCGAUGAGGAUUAAAUACGCCACCAACAACACCACACAUUUUGUUGACAGUCAAACACAUACACAGACACAUGUUCCCAGCCGGAAGAACCUGCCCUUAAAGAGGUUGCAAGUAAAACGACGAUUGGUUAUGACCACCAUUGCCGCGCAAGUGGAAGCGGGAGUAUUGUGCCGUGUAAACAGAUUCGCUACUAUUUGUUUGAUCGUAGGGUUUAUUUUCUCCCAAGUAAGCAAAGCUCACACAGGACACAAUCAGCAUUAUUAAGUGAAGAUAUUACUUUAGAUGUGUUGAUAACACUCAAGAAACCACUAGUAUUACCUAAUUGCAUAUAUAUUCAUUCGAAAAGUAUGUGAAGCAGAUUUCUGAAAGACAAGCACAGCAACAAAGUGGAGCGUAUGAUUGCAAAGCGCACUUUGAAACGGCCAACUUUUAUGACUUUUAUGUUCAAAACAGACAAAAUUCAUGUUAAGACUGUUGUAUUUAAUUAAAUAUGCUGUGUAUUUAAAGUACCAUACUUACUAUAAAUAAGUUAAUUAUAGUUUCUAAAUUUACAUAUUCAACUCUCAAAGAUAAUGGUGAAGCGAACAAACAAGCUAGCUAUGCAAGCUUAAGAAAAUUACAUACAUACAUACGUGUAUGCAUGCACAGCAGAGCUAUAUUUGUAGGUCCCACUGUAUAAAAUCAGAAACCCGAAAAAAUGCGUAUGCAAUGUAAUUAGAGAAAAUUAUGUAAUUGAGCAUCAAAUUGAAAACUUCACCAAAUCACAAGUAGUAUAGACAUACAUACAAACAAACGUAGGCCUGCAUAUAAAUAUGUAUAAAAACAAAGUAAAUAUCGCAAACGUCCGCUGUGUUCGACAGGCAUUCGGAAAAGUACAUUUUUCUUCGCGCCAGUUGCAACGCCUAAAAGUAGACUACAUGCAACGCCCGUAUCUAUAAUACCCUUAACUUGCUUGUGCCAUCUGCAAACAUACACACACACACAUAAGUAAAAACAGGCUUAGAACUCUUGUAAAAACAACAACUAAAUUUAGAUAUUCACCUCGCGCUGAUCCAAUGGCUUUAUAUGUAUGUAACGCUAAACGAUCCUGCGCCAUAACUGGUACAGCCACAUAUAUAUAUGUAUAUUCCCACACACACACACAACUGUAUAACUGUAUUCGCCCCGAAAUUGUAUUGUUGAAACACGGUGUUCGGCCUAGAAUUGCCAAAAAGCAAAUCAAAGUUGAACAAAAAUCUAGUUAUCGAACAGAAGAAGAGCAGAAAUUUGAAAACUAUUUUUGUAAGACGAUGUGAUAGUAAGUAGACAAGCGUAAUUAGUGUUAACACACACAUAUACAAAGCACAUGCAACAACAACUAAACUAAAUAAUUAUGUUCUGUACAUAUGUAUGUAGAUACCAACACAUACACAAAUGUUCGCAUUGCCAAUGACAGCAUAAGGGGAUGGUUUGACCUAGUCGCCUACUGCCCUUUGUUUGGUAUGAUUUUUAUUGACAUUUCAAGAUUAUAAAAAAUCUCAAAAAAACUUCGAAGUGGUGCUUCCUGGUUGACAUGAUUCCAACGCUUGUAGUGAUCUAAAACAAAGAAAUUGAAGUUCUUCAUUAGUAAGGAGGUCGCUAUCGGAUUGAUGAUUUGGCAAAGUCACACAAAAUGGCAUCUACUUGAAAAAAAUGUUUAAAUGUUUUGAGAUAUCAUGUCAACCACCGCACAAAAGUAGAAAAAACGCGUUUUACGUUAACGUUUACCGGUACUGUUGACACGACACUAAAACGACUUAACUUCGGAAAUUAUUUGAAUUUUAAAAAAUCCCGAAAAAGGGAGAUAUUUGUGUUUAGGUUAAAUAUGCAAAAUUAUUACCAAAAAAGUAAGGUUUUUUUUUCAAACUUCUAGACAAGAAUACUCCGAAAAGUUCCUCCCGCGUUUGAAUUUACAUAGUUCGAGUUUCCGUAACGGUCACUGCCUUGGAAAUCAUGCAAAAUUUCGCAGUUACUUUCCGGAUUCUGCACUUGUUCCAAUAACAGUGGAGGGAGGGGGUGCAAACUUUUGUGUAUGGGUGUAUGUGCAUUUCUUAUGGCAUAUUUAAAGUUAGUUCAGAAGUUGCGCACACACAUAUGCGCGCAUAUAAACCGUUAAGUAUGUAAAUGUAAACUAUUUAUGCAAAGAAGUGUUAAGCCACGUGAGAUAUUUGUGUAUGUAUAUUGUAGAUUGUACAAUUGUAUGUGAUUAAUUUGCAUUUUGCAUUAGUAUUCGUACGCAUGCCACAUGCCACACAUACAUACCUAUACCUAUAGUUUGCUUAUACAUAUAUGCAUACAAACAUACAAAUAUUGACACAUAAGUUCGAAUAAAUGUUAAAUUUAGGUGCAACAUCACACGAAACUAUUUAUGAGUGAAGUGCAUACACACACACACUGUCCUAUAUAAAUGAUACACACGCAUACAUAUUUAUUUAUAUACAUACAUACAUACAUAUAUGCUGAAUGUUUCCGCUUGUUAUUCUGGAUAGUAAUGAUAAUACAGCAGACUAGCAAAGCGAAUGUAAGCAACAAAUGAAAUAAAUGGUUACGUAAUUGUUGACAACAACACACACCCACACAUACAUAUAAACACACAUCUGAAAAUAUAAACCUAUACCCACUGAUCACACAAACCAAAUAAUUAGCAAAGAAAUUGGCAGCAGUCAAAUGUACAUACAUAUGUACGACUUUCUUUGACCGCUUUUACAAAAACAACAAUAAUAGUGUAUGCGCACAUGUUUUUAUUUAUACAUACCUAUGAAUGUAAGUAUAUAAGUGCAGUUUGUAAUUCGCAAGUAUCUAUCGUAUGUAACUCUGAAAAUAUAUGUGGAGGAGACUUUCAUCUCACCGAAGUCCCUCCACAUGACAACAACAAAAGCAAAAAUGUCAUUUAUGAUUAGUUAAAAGAGUUGACAGCGAAUUCACUUUAAAGUACAUAAAACCCUUUCCAACAAAAUAUAUACAUAUAAACACAAUAAUGAAAUAAAAAUUGGCUUUAUUUAUUUUAAUUGGCUUAAAAAUGUGUUCCCAUAGUGGAUCAUGGGUAAUGAGACAACUUACAAAAUGUUCCUGUAAACUCUCUAAUAAUUGUAUUUUGCAGUUGCUAAUAAAUCAUGUGUUUGAAAGGUUCCACUCUUCGCUUUGUAUAUAAUCCAAAAAAAAAAAAAAAACUUCAAUAUUUGUUGAAAUUAUAAACAAUGUAACCAUUCCCCAA